CUUUGUUUAGGUGUUCUCUUUGGAUAUUUUACCUCGCUCUCUUCCCUUCUCCAAAUUUCUCCAGUGACCUGUAGGUGCAAGAACAUCUCUUCAUGUUAUGGACACUGUGUCACAUCCCAAGGUAAUGACACAACUAUUCCAAAAACCAAGUUGUGGUUCAGUUGCAGUUGAUGAGGUUGAUGAAAUGUUAUUAUAAUGAAAUUAUAACGAUUUGCUCUUUUGAACCUUUCCUUUCAGAGGGAGUCAGUGAAUUAGAUUGCUUUGGUAAACAUCUGAGCUUAAGUAGGAUCAGCUGGAAAUGUGUGUGGACACCUGUAAAACACCAAACACAAAGAUACACACUCUGUAUAGAACAGACUGAAGACAAGAGAGAUUUAAAAAAAAAUCUAAUUAAUGAACUACUAAAUCUUAUUCAAUUUGAUAUUCUUCACAGGAAAACACAUAGCAAAAUGCAUGCAAACAUAUCGGAGACGUCUCAGAAUAUUCAUCUGUCCAAAAAGUUUAACAUGACAGCUCAUGUAUUUGACAAGAGUGAUUUGAAGAGCUGCACAAAGACUGUUUUCAGAGGUUCACCUCAACAAUUGGGUACGUUUAUAUUAAUUACCUCCAGUAUGCAUCCUAUCUUAAAAAUUGCAGUUCGAUGCGGCCCCCCAUCUAAUGUACACUUGAAUCGACAUUCAAGACAGCUGGAUAUCCAGGCCUCCUGGAGGAAGGAGGAGACCAAAUAUAUCUCUCUUUACUCUGUGAGAUACAAGGAGCUGAACAGCUCGCAAUGGAAAGAGGUGGGAUUCAAAAUGCAAUCCAAGGAUAGAAAUAGGUGCACUGUGGGUAAUCUUAACUCCUCACUGUCCUAUGAGGUGCAGAUAGAGUGUGUGGCCAACAACAAAUGUACCCAGUGCCCCUGGAGCGAGGUUUUCACAGUCCCACCCGAACUUACUGAUACGCCUGUCAUUGAGAUGGUAAAAGAUAGUCGUCCACAAACCAAAGGGAGGAGAUUAGUGAUCAUAAAAUGGAAGGUAAUUCAUUUCCCCGUGAAAUGCUUGAUCCUACCAUUGUCCUGUACAUGUAAGUUUGCAGCCAGUGAGUUAGCGGAGGGCUACAGUGUUUCCGUGGGGAAAGCCUCAGGAGAGGAUCCUAUUGAGACCUUCAACACCAGCAGGCACCUACUCAUAGUGACCCUGUCUCACUCAGCCUACCACCUCAAAAUCACAGCUCUCAACAGGGCUGGGACCUCACCUGCAGCACAGAGCACUAUACGGCCACUGGAUGACAAAGACUUAUAUGGGAAGCUGAAUGUGACAUUCAAUGGCAACACGUCCUUUACUGUCUCCUGGGUGGAUGACCUGAUCAAAACCUACUCCUGCUUCUCAGUGGAGUGGUGGACGAGAGGAAACAAAGCUGCUCACAAGUCCUUCUAUGAGGAUGAGAACAAUUAUGAAGUCAUACCAUUGCACGAGCCAUUAGAGCUGUAUAAGAGGUACACCUUCACUCUGCACACGAGGCCAGACAAAGAGCCCUGCAACCUGAAGUUCAUCAACAACAGCGAGAGCACCUACGGGAGCAUCCAGUCCUACUUCACUGAAGGAUCCCCAAUUAGCGCCCCAGGGAACAUCAGCAGCAGUAAUGUUACCCAGAGCUCCAUGGUGCUGGAGUGGACGUCAGUCCCUGAGAAGGACACCAGAGGUUUCCUGCUGGGCUACAUCCUCCAUUACACAGAGAGCCCGGAUGACAGGACAGACGCUGAGACAAACGUCACUGUGGAUGCUGGUUCAACCAGCUACGAGUUGGUGGACCUAAAAAGCAAUACUGUGUACCAAGUCCAGUUAUCUGCCUUCACUGCUGCAGGAAUGGGAGUGAGAAGCUCAACCGUAUACUUCGAAACCAAGUCAACAGUAUCCCUGUCUAUUGGUGGUAUGAUAGCAGGAGUCGUUAUUGGAGCAACUUUACUCUUACUUGUGGUUAAUCUCGGCUCUAGGUUGUUAAAAAGAGCAAAGAGACUACUUUGGCCAAGUAUCCCUAAUCCUGGUAACAGCAAUGCCAUCCAGAAAAUAGAUGGGGUCUGCGAGCUGGAACUCCUGGAGCCCAUCAACAGACAGAAGUUAGAGGAAGAGGAGGGGGACACCAACAGUCUGCACAUUGUUGACAGUAGAGAAGAAACGUCUCCCGUUAGCAACCUCCAUAGCAACACAGACUCAUGUCUACACCUCAACACAGACCACGAGGAGAAUCAAGGGCCUUCAAAGACAACCGCAGACUCUGCCGAGCCCACUGAAGUAGACCCUCAAAUCAACAUGGGCUUGUGCCGAAGAAACACAGCCACAGACAGUAGCGCUCAAGAUCCCACUUCUGACACCAUUAAACCUACCACAGACACAAGACCGACAGACCUUGUCCCCAUUAGUACAGUGCCCCACCAGUGCCCGCAGUUGUCCUUUAUGAGUGAUUACACGACCAUGGAACUCUUCCAACAGGCUAUGACACAAUGUGUUCCAGCCACUAUAUCAUUGGAACCCCAUGGCCAGUCAAGCCAGUCAGAGGACACAGACUCUCCCCCGACCAGACCAGAGUUAGAUUACAUACACCAGUCCCUCUAUGACACUGUCCUCCACCUGUCCCAAGGCAGCACAAGUCCAUCUGAGUUGUAUUACACGGUUCUUUGAGAAUGUUUACUGUAGAUUCUAGAAUCUGCCUUUCUCACAGAUGCUGUGGAACAAUUCUCAGCCUUUCAUCUAUGUAAAAAAGCCAGAUGCUGCCAUCAGUGUCACCCUGUUGACAAGCCUACUUAGAGUUCUAGACAUUAUUGGAUCGUCAUAACUCUGGAAUGAGAAACUUUCAAUGACAUACAGGAACUUAAAAUGCUGUUAUCCUAUGAAUACGUGUAUUGAUAGCCUGCAGUGGUCACAGAAUGUAUUGAGGGAUUGUUUGAGGAGCAGAAAUUUCCCAAUCGUUUUUUCAGAGACCAUUUUAUUCUCGGUUUAUGUAAACUGACAUAGUGAACCUGUACAACAUCAGAAAGAUGGACCCUCUAACAAAGACAUCAAUAUCAUCUAUAGCAGGCUUUUACUCAAUGUUUCAUAUGGAUUUGGUAAUGGAUUCAACAAAUACCAUCACAUGGCAUUACAAGUAUAGUUGAGACUUAUUUGACGCAAAGUCUCUUUAUUGGAUCUCUUUUGGUUAGGAUAGUCUGUGAAAUAUAGUAGGUACUUUGUCAAAAGUACAGUUUCAGGAGGAACAUACAAAAGAGAGAAAACAUUGAAGCAUUGUUUGCGAUAUCCUCUUUCAUAAUUUUCACACAUUAGUUGCCAACAUCUUUAACAAGUACAUAAGUGAACCAACAACACCUUUUUGUACACAUGUUCCCUACAGUGUGUGUGUGUGUGUGUGUGUGUGUGUGUGUGUGUGUGUGUGUGAUAUAUAAAACACAAAAUGCCUCCAGAAAGUAUUCAGACCCCUCGACUUACUUCACAUUUUGUUACGUUACAGCAUUAUUCUAAAAUUGAUUAAAUUAAACAAUUCCUCAGCAAUCUACACACAAUACCCCAAAAUGACAAAGCGAAAACAGGUUUUUAAAUUUACAUAACUAUUCAGACCCUUUUUUAUGAGACUCAAAAUUGAGCUCAGUGGCAUCCUGUUUCCCUUGAUGAUCCUUCAGAUGUUUCUACAACUUGGAGUCUAACCAUGAUAAAUUCAACUGGUUGGUCAUGAUUUGGAAAGGCACACCUGUCUAUAUAGAAAAGUCCCACAGUUGACAGUGCAUGUCAGAGCAAAGACCAAGCCAUGAGGUCGAAGGAAUUGUCCAUGGAGCUCCGAGACAGGACUAUGACAAGGCACAGAUCUGGGGAAAGGAGCCAACAUUUUUUUUGCCGCAUUGAAGGUCCCCAAGAACAGUGGCCUCCAUCAUUCUUAAAAUGGUAGAGGUUUGGACCUGGCCGCCCAGCCAAACUGAGCAAUCAGGGGAGAAAGGCCUUGGUCAAGGAGGUGACCAAGAACCCGAUGGUCACUCUGACAGAGCUCCAGAGUUCCUCUGUGGAGAUGGGAGAACCUUCCAGAAGGACAACCAUUUCUGCAGCACUCCACCAAUCAGGCCUUUAUGGUAGAGUGGCCAGACAGAACCUACUUCUCAGUAAAAGGUCCGACAGCCCGCUUGGAGUUUGCCAAAAGGCACCUAAAGGACUCUCAAGACCAUGGGAAACAAGAUUCUCUGGUCUGAUGAAACCAGGAUUGAACUCUUUGGCCUGAAUGCCAAGCGUCACGUCUGGAGGAAAACUGACACCAUCCCUACGAUGAAGCAUGGUGGUGGGCAGCAUCAUACUGUGUGGAUGUUUUUCAGCGGCAGGGAGACUAGUCAGGAUCGAGGCAAAGAUGAACAGAGCAAAGCACAGAGCGAUCCUUGAUAAAAGUGCUGUGGAGCAGGUUAAGACCUCAGACUGGUGCAAAGGUUCACCUUCCAACAGGACAAUGACCCUAAGCACAUAGCCAAGACAACACAGGAGUGGCUUCGGGACAAGUCUCUGAAUGUCCUUGAGAGGCCAAGCCAUAGCCCGAACGAACAUGUCUGGAGAAACCUGAAAAUAGCUGUGCAACAAAGCUCCCCAUCCAACCUGACAGAGCUUGAGAGGAUCAGCAGAGAAGAAUGGGAGACACUCCCCAAUACAGGUGUGCCACG